AUGAUCCUAGAUUCUAAACCUCAAUUAACUUCGCGAACAGUCAGAACUAAAUACGGUGACGUGAGUGGUGUAAUAUUUUCUUUGGAUUCUAAAUACCUUGAACCUGUUGAGGUGUUCCGCGGGAUUCCGUACGCAAGCCCUCCGUUGGGUAGUUUGAGGUUUAUGCCACCGGUGACAGGUGCAUUGUGGCAAGGUGUAAAGCUUGCGGAUAGAUUUAGUCCGGUAUGCCCACAGAGAUUGCCAGAUAUUUCAAACGAGACGGCUGCUUUAAGGAGGAUGCCUAAGGGUCGAUUGGAAUACUUGAAAAGGCUGUUACCCUAUUUAAAGGAGCAAAGCGAGGACUGCCUCUACUUGAAUAUAUACGCUCCAGCUCAAGGUAGGAUUGAUAUUUUAGAAUUAAUCAAGAAAUAUGAAUAA